AUGGACGAUUUGGCUGAACAAACUAGGACGAAGUAUAAUAUACCGAAGCUACAACUCUCCAUGCACUUGAAGAGGGGCUUUCACUUUUCAAUCCACAAGAAGUUCCUCGAUGUGAAAGAUUUUCCUGAUGAGUUCAUUCAAAUCGAUGCUGGAACGAAAAUACACCGGUUCUCCUCAAAUGAGUUGGUGCAACUGAACUCAAGGUAUCACGAUUCUCUACAAGAAAUAUGGAGGAUAACAGAGAUUGAGCUUGGUUCCCUCUUGAAUGAAAUAUUUAAAGUUGAGGCAAUCACAGCGCUACAUCGCCUCUGUGACAGCAUUGCCAUCCUUGACACCAUGGCCUCAUUCGUGAGCUAUUCUUCUUACUGCCAGGCAAGCACUGAACGUCCAAAAUUGACUAUCGGUGGUCCGAUUGCGAUGCAAAACGCCUUUCACCCAGUUCUGCUUGAUAUGAAGCCACGCGUCGCCAUUCCCAAUGAUGUCUUCCUCGAUGAAACGUCUGCUCUUCACUUGAUAUCUGGAAGGAAUCAAGCUGGGAAGUCGACUUUCAUACGCAUGGUCGGUCUCAUUACCGUCAUGGCCCACACCGGAUGCAUGGUUCCAGCCAAAUUUGCUUCGAUCCGAAUUUUGAAAAGAAUAGCAACGAGGUUCAACACCAGCGACGACCCAUCCCAAUCUCAAUCGAAUUAUUCGAAGGAAAUGCAUGACAUCGCUACAAUUCUGGAAGCGAUUCGUCAGCAAGAAGAUAGCACGUUUCUUGAAAACUGCGGAGACAAGCAAACCACUCCAUCCCCAAAUUUGCCGAGCAUCUUGAUUCUUGUUGACGAACUAGGACGAUCGACAUCCACACUGGAUGGUUUUGCCAUUUCAUAUGCUGUUGCGGAAUAUUUGUCAUCAUGUCCAAAUGUUCUGACCUUGUUCACAACGCAUUUCUUGGGACUAGGAGCAAUGGCAAAUAUCAAUCCGGUCAUCAAAGCAUUUCAUCUUGAGACAGUCCCUUUGUUUGAGAACCAAAUGACAUCAAUAGGGACAGGACUUGCUGGUAGAAAGUUUACAUUCACCGUUCGAAGUGGUACUUUAACUGAAACUAGUUAUGGUAUUGAUACCGCUAGACUAGCGGGCUUCCCGAAUCAGGUUGCGACACAGGCACACGAACUGCUUGCGGGAAUGCCAGUGCGCAGUAUUGCCAAUGCGAAUGAUUUCGCAAAGGCAAACCUUGCCUUUGGCCAGCGUGAGAAACGGCAAUUGCAAAAGACAAUAUCACUGGUCUCGGUCGCUCAGAGAAUAUCUCUACUACAAAGCUCGGCAAGAGACCCCACCCAAGCUCGUAGUCUGUUACUGGAGCUUCAGAGAAAACUUAGAAUUUCACAGAGGACCACGAAGAGCAAUCGAAGUCAAUCCUCUGGCUCACUGGUGGCAGGCGCAACAGAGGUCGAGUAGAUGGGCUUAUAAUUAACAGAAAAGAUCGACGAGCAGGACAUCAUCUUGGCUACUAAUCUGAUGAUGGCAAUAACAGUGCGGAGAGAUGCCUACUGUUUCCAAGCUUGUGGAUAAAUGGUGCAAGGCAUGAACGCAGUCGCUACGAUGACCUUGGUGAUGAGUCUUGGGCGCUCCCCGUAGUUGUAGAGUCUUGCGAAGGCGGAGGUGGCACUUCCCCGCGCGCUAUUGCUUCUUUCUCGAGCUGUUGCUUCGCGUGAUGAAUCUUGGCUUGAAUGUAAAUGCUUCCUCCCUUUGCUGGGUCAUUAGACUCGAACAGGCGGUCGUAGCGCUUGUAUAUAUCCUUCAAUCCUGCGUCCUUCUUCACGCCCAGGAUUUCCGAGGCUUCCUCUGCACUAAUUCGACCUCGCAUGCUUCUCCCGCCAGCCCCCCGGGAUGCACCGCCGCGAGCGCCAUUGACCAGCGCCUGCUGGUACGCUUGCACAAAUGCUCGCGCAACAUAGCCCCCGCCCAUGAUCAGAAUUUGCGCUAUCACACGGCCCGCCAUGCUGUUGUCACGUGAAGACGGCAAUUGGUGACUCUCAGAAUACUCCAAGCCUUUAAAUGCCUUCCGACACGAAUAUUGACACGCUCUUCUCAACGUCGUUGCCGGGUGAUACCAAACGCCCUGGGUCCACGGAGCGACCAACGAGAACCUGGGAGGCCACAUGCUACUGUAGCUAUAAAAUCAAGACAAAGUAAAAUUCAUAAAAUUUAGUUUGAAAUGAGACGCCGCGGCAACACUUCACCGACGUUCGCUAUCGCCCGUGGCUCGCCCUGGAAACUUUGAAGUCGGUUUGAGAGCAUGCCAAACAACACUGACAACCAGUAACAUCAACCUGCUACUUUUACUAAGAGCACUUCCAUGCAAAUGGAACAAUCUGUGGACAGGUUUUGGGAGGGUUCCGAUGGUGACGAUGAACCGACCCUGGGAGAACGAGUGCAGGUGGCGAAAAGGGAACAAGUCCAGCGAGCAUCCGAGGCUUUUGCCCGACCAUACCGGACCAACCAAGCACCCGACAGCGUUGCGACGCGCUCGAAGAAGAGCCGGCCGCGUGAAAUAUCAUCACGAAGACCAGUUCCUGUGGGGAGAGAGCGGUGUCUUGGAAUUAGUGAAGGUCGAGGGCUUGAACGCAGCGUCCGUAAAGCGUUUGACCCUCGUUUCGAGGAGCACUGCGGAGAUCUUCGAGAGGGACAUGUGGAAAGGAACUACUCCUUCGUGAGUGAGCUCCGCGAGAAGAGAAAAUCCGAGUUAGAGAAAACGCUGAUGAAGGACAACGGCAACGAGGAAGUAGCUUAUGAGUUACGCAAGAUGGAGGAAGAGAACAACAGAAGGAAUGUAAUUACAAAGAGGAGAGAAAUUUUACGAAGGGUUCGCGAGGAAGAGAAAGAGGCUGUGAAGCGGGGCAAGCAGCCAUACUUCUUGAAGGAGAAGGACCUACGUAGGCUGGAAGUGAAGGAGAAAUUCAAGGCGCUCAAGAAAACGGGAGGCGUUAAGAAGUAUAUUGAAAAGCGUAGGCGCAGAUUGGCAAGCAAAGAUAGGAAGCUGUUGCCGGCACGGAGGCUGAAAGAAUAAACUAGUUGCAAUCAA